GGGGCGGGGCGCGCCGUGCGAGGUGAGGCCCUGCAAGCUGGACGCCAGGGGAGCGCUUUUCUAGGAGUCGCCACCCCGACUCAGCUGCGCGCCCGGAGGCCCGAUAGCAGGAGUCACGACGGCCAGCCGCGGGCCGAGGCCCGAGAAGUAGUAAGACUCAGCCGGCUCGCCGGGCCGGGCUAUGGCGCUCGACUUCCUGGCUGGAUGCGCCGGAGGUGUGGCAGGUGUGAUCGUGGGACACCCUUUUGACACAGUCAAGGUGCGGCUGCAAGUCCAGAGCACGGAGAAGCCUCAGUACCGAGGGACACUGCACUGCUUCCAGUCCAUCGUCAAGCAGGAAAGUGUGCUGGGCCUGUAUAAAGGCCUGGGCUCACCACUAAUGGGACUCACCUUCAUCAAUGCACUGGUGUUUGGGGUGCAAGGUAACACUCUCCGGGCCCUAGGCCAAGACUCACCACUCAAUCAGUUCCUGGCCGGUGCAGCAGCAGGCGCCAUUCAGUGCAUCAUCUGUUGCCCCAUGGAGCUGGCCAAGACGAGGCUGCAGCUUCAGGCCGUGGGCCCCGCCCGUACCUACAAGGGCCCCCUGGACUGCCUGGUACAGAUUUACCGGCAUGAGGGCCUGCGAGGCAUCAACCGAGGCAUGGUCUCCACACUCCUGCGUGAGACACCCAGCUUCGGCGUCUACUUCCUCACCUACGACGUACUGACACGCGCCAUGGGCUGCGAGCCUGGUGACCGCCUGCUGGUGCCCAAGCUGCUGCUGGCGGGCGGCACAUCAGGCAUUACAUCCUGGCUCUCCACCUAUCCCAUGGACGUGGUUAAGUCACGGCUGCAAGCCGACGGGCUGCAAGGAAGCCCUCGCUACCGCGGCAUCGUGGACUGCAUGCGGCAGAGCUACCAGGCUGAGGGCUGGCGAGUCUUCACGCGAGGGCUGGCCUCCACGCUGUUACGUGCCUUCCCGGUUAAUGCUGCCACCUUUGCCACGGUCACUGUGGUGCUUAAGUAUACCCGGGGAGAAGAGGCUCCGGUAGAGAGUGAGGCAGCUCCAGGCACUUCUACCACUCCUGCUGGGCCUGCUCUGGCCCAGCCUUCCAGUCUGUGACACUGUCUGUCCCAUCAACUUCCCCAGGGCCACUUUGUUGGAACUUGACACAGAGAAGAUGGCUCCUCAGCCAAUUUUGCUCAUUGGCCAAUGAUACCAGCCACUCUAUACUCCACAGGCCUUUAUUUUCCUAGCUGUACAAUGGGGACUCUUCCUCAUACACGGUACAUUUGGGAAGAUCAAGCCUAGCUAAGUCUGCACUAUGCAGACUGAACUGCCAGUCACACUCUUCCAAGCCCAGCACGCCCAGGGGUAUCUCCGAGCCAACUCUUACAAGCUGGCCAAGGACCCACCCAUUCCCCACAUCCUCCAUCGACAGUCCCAGGAAAACACUUGGCCACUUCUUACUGUUAGGGACAGUAGGCAGCAUGCAAUGUUCCUGGUGUUGCAGACUAACCCUGCCUCCGUGCCUAGCUUCUCCGCUGCUGCCCUUGAACUGUAGAGCAGGGUUGGCACCAGGCCUGUUGGGGAUUGAGCCAGUGUAGGGCUUGAAUGGGAACAGAUAGGCCACUGGCCUCAACGUCUUCACAGGGAAAUUGUGUAACAGCUAUGGCAAGACAAAAUCUUCUCACCCCUGGGCCUCGGGCUACCUGUCUGUAAAAUGGGGACCCCGGUCAGCUGAUGUCUGGCUUACUUACUGCCAGUCAGGAUUCCCAAUGGUAGGUAGGCAGAGGGCCCAGGAGAACAACAGUGUGAAAUCGAUCCAUUUCCCAGUAAAUGUCGUCUUUCUGGGCAUUGUCAGUGCCUGUGCCUGUAAAGGCACAGAGGUCUUGGUACCAGUACAGAGUUGCCAGUUUGGACCUGCCUGGGCAGGGGAAACUGAGCUCUGGCUGGCUGUCACCGUUGUACUGUCCUCUAAAGGAAUAAAGUCUUAUUUUUUAA